AUGGACAGCCUCGACAUGUUCUACGACGGUGGCGUGGAGCCGCAGUGUCUGCCGGAAUACGGCUACAGCCCGCCCGCCUGCCUGUACGCGCGGGCCGCAGAGCAGACCGCCUGCCCCGGCAGGCCGCCGUUCGGCUGCUUCGAGGAUCGGAGUAAGAGCGACUCCAGUCCCCACGGCCUGCACCCCGAGCCUGGACCCGACCUCGGUCACGGGCACGGUCACGGGUACGGGUACGGGUACGACCACCUGCGCGAGACGGGCCGCGCCGCGGCGGAAACGGCCGAGCACGCGCAGCAGCAGUACCCCUGGAUGAGGAGCACGAGGACACAUCCUUACCUGCCCCAAAUUCCAGGCGGGUACCCGGAGGACUCGGAGGACAGUAAGCGCAGCCGCACGGCCUACAGCAGAGCGCAGCUCCUGGAGCUCGAGAAGGAGUUCCACUUCAACAAGUACAUCUCGCGACCGCGCAGGUACGAGCUGGCCGCCAUGUUGAGCCUAACCGAGAGGCACAUCAAAAUCUGGUUCCAGAACCGGCGGAUGAAGUGGAAAAAGGGCCAGAAUAAAAAAGCUCAGGACCCCGAUGUGGAACAAAGGACGAGCAGCGGAGGGGACGAUCGCAAUGUAGAGAAAAACUCCCAAAAAGGAGGCCCUGUGCCUCCCGCCACAAAGGCCCAUAGAGCCGACCGGCCUUGA